AUGGAUCACACCAAUUCAUCAGGUUCAAGGGCAGCCAGGUCCGAGAGGGUCAAUGCAACACCGUAUCGCCGACCUCAACAAGUCAAGAAAUCAACGUCAACUCCCUUUUCCGGUCUGCGAAAUAUGAUCAGUUAUGCCCUUUCGCCGCUGUUCCGCCAGGAGAACCGUCUAGCUCUUCCUUCGAAUACUGGCGAUAUCACUAUGGAGCCAGAGGUACCCUCAGAAUCAGGCUCAGAGGACAAUUGGGGAUCGUCACCGAGCAACACCCGACAAGGUGAUGUGCUCUCGAUGGCUGAGGCUGCAGGCAGAAGCGGAGCAGAUUUUGAGGACAGAGCCGCAGAGUGGCGAGCCAGAGGCGAAGUUCCCGGGGGAAGAAGGGACACGACCAGGCGAAGUCUAGCUGUGAGCUGGAGCAAGUUGUCUUGGGAGGAUCACAAGGCUGACACUCACAGGUCGGGUCCCAGUCAUCGAUAUCAGACGGAGAAUUCGACACCAAGAGGAGCGAUCGACCGGGAAACACAAGAUGCGCCGGGCCUUGUUUGUCAAAGUCGACCUAAACGAAGGAGAGGAGAGUCUAGUCUGCCGGAAAGAGCCGCUUUACCGUUAUUCGACCUGCCUGCCACCCCCGCGACCCAUACACACACUCCUCACGCCUCCGCCUCUUCUCAUAUUCCAACAGCAUUGUCCGCAGCGGCCUCAGCUCUGGUGACUUUCGUGGAGGGAAAGCAAGAUCAAGCCGUCACAGAAGACGACACUUCCGUCAUAGAUGCCAUGCUAGCCAAUAUUCGUGCUGCAGCGACUCCCCUUACCUCUGCUUCCGCAGCUGCCUUGACCACGUUCCUUGCGGGCAAGAGACAGCAGUCUCUGUCGGCCGAGGACGUUCAACUCGUUCAAGCCCUGACAAAAGGCAUGAGAGCAGACACAGCUCAUCGACUGGGAGGGUGGAGCGCUGGUACACCUCGUUCGGUCAAGGCACUCCCAAACAGCGCUUCCGUCAACAGGUCCUUUACGCCCAACCGCAAUGGCGUAACAGCUCCAUCGACACCGGGCUCCAUGGCUUCGUUCGGUGACGACACAAUAUCACUCUUCACCUCGCCAGAAACUCGUCGGCAUAGGGUUUCAUAUCUCGGACCUGGCAUGUCACCGCGACGCAUGCUCGGCAAAUCGCGCUCUAGCCUCGGUCUCAAGCCCUUGCUGGAUCUCGAAGCGGACGAUCACGAGGAGAGUGCAAAGAAGCGGCGCAGGACUGAACAGGGAGUACAUGAAGACCCGAACGAUUCCGCAUUAUCUUCUCCGGCCCAUGCUCCUCUCGCCGCUCAUCCUUCAUCCUCAGACUCCUCAUCAAGCUCAUCGACUGCCGCUACCUCUCACAUCAAAGAGAAGGACACGUCACGCCAGCCGACAGGCACUCUCCGACACCCGCUCAGCCAGUCUUUCACCGCUGUGUCAUCUGCAGAAUCGAAGGAUGCACACGAUGUCGUGUCUAUCGGCAAGAGACGUGCCGCCGACAUCAUGCGGGCGCUCAUCGUGGAGGAGAUCGGACCUGUUGAUCAAUCCACACGGCAAGAAGAGAUGAUCAUCAACCCUUACGACACGCCACAAUCGUCAUCGGCAUCCGAUCAUUCCAGGACACCGUCCCCCAAUUCUGCAAAGUUCGCCUUCAACAGUCCUAGACGAUCAGUCCUGCGAGCCACACUCAAGGAGAGUCCGAAAAGAGGAGCAGCGGCGAAACUGGAAGCUACGAAGAGUAUUGGUCGACAGCUCACGACGCUUGAGGUAUUGACUGGGAAGAAAUCGUGGCAGCUCGAUGAUGACGGACAUGCUGGAGCGAAUGGCUCGCCUAAGCCAUCGGUGAAAAACCCGGAUCGCAAAAAUAUCGCCGGAGCGGAUCAAUACUCUGCCAAGCCGCCAACUCCGGUAUCAUCGACCGCACCUUCCAGUGCAAAUACCGCGCCAACACAGUCGUCCCCAAAGAAGCGUGCUGUCCCUGAGCCGGCUUCAUUCAAACCUUUCGAAACUCCUGUACUCGACUCUCCGUCCCGCCCACUGCCCAGUCUGAAGCCGAAUCCAGCAAAGACUGAUUCCCUACCCGCGUCUUUGGAAAGAGCUGGCGCAAACCCCACUGAAGCGCCCAAGUUCCAGCUUCCCGCCAUCCGCCCGAUCGAACCGCAUGAUGAGCCUAUUGAAGACCUACCACGUCGAAAAUCUCCUACCAAGGUUCGAUUCGACCCCAACAUCAUAUAUUUCUCCGCGAAAGACCAAGCUUUGCAAGUCGACAAGUCUGCUCUACCUUUUUUCACCUUCACGCUACCUUCCGCGAUCUCCGGGAAGGACGCGAAGAGCGCACUGGAUGCCAAGGCAUUGGCUUUGAAGGCUCCACUGGCGACAUUCCACUUCACACUCAGUCAAAUGAAGCUCCCGGCGCCCCUCGAUCAAUGUUCCAAACCCUCAGCUCCGGCCUCCGGUGGAAGUAGCUGGACCUGCGAUCUCUGCAUGCUGCAGAACCCUGCGACAGCGACUGAAAAGUGCCAGAUCUGUGAAGCGCCCAAACCGACGGGCAAAAAAGCAGAUUUUGGACCGCUGUCCGGAUCCAAGGUAGACAGCAAGGCGGACAACGCGAAGAGUGAUGCGGAUUGGACGUGCAGCUUGUGCAUGUUGAAGAACCCUGGGAGUGUCAAGGAGAAGUGUACCAUUUGUGAGGCGCCUCGGCCGUGA